AUGGACAGUUUCUCUCUAACCCUAACUGACGGGAUCCAUCGUGUUACAAAAGAUAUCAACAUUGAUAUUGUCCCAAUUGACGAUCAAGCCCCUCGACUGCGAGACGGUCUCAAACCGCACCUUAUUGUCUCCGAGGGAAAUGACGCCGUUGUCACCCCUUCGGUCCUGUCAGCCAAAGAUGACGACACGGACGAUGAGCUGCUUACUUUUCUCAUUGUCAAACAACCCAGUCACGGGACCAUAAAGGUCAACGGAUACCCAGUCACGAAGUUCACACAGCAAAAUAUCAAAGAAAAGAUAGUUAAGUAUGAUCACAUAGGCGGCGAGAUUGGCCCAACACCGCAACAAGACAGUGUGACCUUCAUUGUCUCAGAUCAGAACUAUGCAUCAGCUGUCGACCUUCCAAUCUAUGAUUUAAACAUUACUAUAACUCCAGUUGAUAAUCAGAAACCCGAGAUUCUGACUGGGAACCCCAUUCUUCUACAAGAAGGUAAAACAUUCCAAAUCACAAUGGAAAACCUAAACGCUCAAGAUAUAGACACAUUACCAAAGAGCAUUCGUUUCAUGAUAGUGAAACAGCCUCAGUGGGGCUACUUGGAAAAUACGAAACCAAACCCUGGCUCAGAGAAAAGCAACGCUGGAAUACAAAUAAAUUCUUUUCGCCUGCAAGACGUGAUGGACAAAUCUAUUAACUACGUCCAGAGUAAUCACAUUGGUGUUGAACCUUUAUAUGACUCCAUAGAACUGUACGCAAUGGACGGUAAACUUCAUUCGGAGACGAAAACGCUAGCCGUCAAUAUCGUUCCUACGAAUGAUGAAAUACCUGACGUGAUGCUGCAGGACUUUGCCGUUCUUGAAGGUGGCACCAAGAUUAUCAACCAAUCAAUUGUCGAUGCUAUCGAUCUCGACGUACCAAAGGACCAGCUGACCUUUUCAAUUUCCAAGCCUCCCAAGUUUGGAGAAAUUGUUGUAAUGUUACAAUCAAAGACUGGAGAUGUUGAGGCACCGGUGGGGGACUUCUCAAUCAAAGAACUCCAGAAGGGAAUGCGUCUUAAGUAUAAGCACGAUGAUUCUGAAAACUUCCAUGAUCGAUUUGUUCUUGUGGUCAGUGACGGGAAACACGCAGUUAAGAAAACGUGCAAUAUUACUAUCAUACCGGUUAACGAUGAGAAACCAAGAAUCAUGAAAAACAGCGGCCUUAACCUCGGCCAUGGUAACUUUGGAUUGCUCACAAACCAAAUUCUUUUGGCCGAAGAUAAAGACACUGACCCUUCGAAUCUUAAUUACGUUCUGAUUUCUCUACCCAAGGUGGGGAGCCUACAAUUUCGAACUGAAUCCGACUACCCGCCGGUACAGGCGAGAUGGUACGACUUCGAAAUGGGCGCAAACUUUACUCAGGAUGAUAUCAACAACAGUCGAAUACGAUAUAUCCACACCAGCGACGUCACCCAAACAAAAACCGACCGUUUCACUUACGUCUUAACGGAUGGAGUCAACAAAGUAGGACCGGAUACGUUUGAGUUCCACAUAAAGAAUUCGCAGACAGCUAAAAUCGCUCUACUAAACAAAGGGUUAAAAAUCAAAGAAGGCGCUCGAGCGAUCCUAUCGACGGACAUUCUCAGCGCGUCCGACGGCAGCACAAAAGCGGAAGAAAUUAUCUUCACAAUUACCAAAGCCCCUACUCUUGGACAGCUAGAAUUUAUUAACGCUCCGUUUGUGCCCAUUAAGGGCUUCACGCAGCUCGAUCUGAUCGGACAGCAAGUUGUAUAUAACCAUAUUUCGAAAAGUGAUAUCACUGAGGAUUAUUUUUCUUUUACGGUCACCAACGGCUUGAAGUACUCCAGAGAUGACCAACUUCUUAUCUACAUAGAGACGCAGGACGAAAUGUUACCGACGCUUGAAGUAAACAACCCCAUUGAGGUCAUUCAAGGAUCUGAAGUGACCAUAACUACACUGCAUUUAAAAAUAACUGAUCCUGAUACAUCUGUCCGUAAUCUUACGUAUAAAAUUAUCAAACCGCCCAUUUACGGCCAUCUUUACAACAAAGAUGUAGUCAUAUCCCAUUCAUUCACCCAGUAUGACAUCGAUCGCGGCUACAUUGCGUACGAGAAUGAUGGGACACAUGCUGGUCGUGAUCAUUUUCUCUUCCUGGUCACAGAUGGCCACCACAGUGGCUUCUAUACGAACACGUCCGUACAAACGCAGCCAGUCAUGUCAAAUGUCUUUAUAAAGUCCUUGUCUCAAGAUGCCCCACAGUUGCAGGUGAACCGGCCACCAGAAAAUCUUGAACUAUUUGGCAAGGACAGGUACGGAUUUAAGCUGAGUAGUGAGUACCUCAAGUCUUUUGACUCCGAUACAGACAAUUCUCAUCUGAUGUAUAUUAUUACAAAACGUCCUGAACAUGGGCAUAUUGAAAAUACAGCCGCAAAGCGAUACGUCCACCGGAAAUUCAGACAGAAAGAUCUUGAUGAUAACACUUUGUUGUAUAUCAUCAAUCCAAAGUCGGAUGCCGUCAAUGACAGUUUCAGUUUCCGUUUGGAGGAUUUCAAUGGAAAUACUCUCGAUGGCCAGAAAUUUGAAUUCAAGUGGUCUCGAACAGGAUUCCUUUUAACAGAUUAUGUAACAUGCGAAAACAUUGGAACUUUGAGUCUUACUCUCAUACGAGCUGGAGACGUGGAGAAGUCAGCAUUUGUUGGAAUACGAGUUCGUCCAAUGUCAGCCAAAGCUCAAAAUGACUUCAUUCCUAGCACUGCUAAACAAGUACAGUUUGAUCCAGGAAUGAUGAAGGCAACAUGGAGUGUCUUGAUUGAAGCUGACAAACUGAAAGAGAACAAUGAGAAAUUCAAAGUGAUUCUCCACAAUCCAGUAAACACAAUUAUUGGGAAAAAUGGCAAGACCACAGUCCAAAUUAUCAAUGCUGUAAAUGGCAAAUGUCCCCAAUAUAUUGGAAUGAUUAGCAAAGAUCAUCCUGAACCACUUACAAAAACAAGCAAUCAUAUUCACAUAGGUAAAAAUUUACCUUUACAGUUUAAUCCAUUUCCCAAAUUGCAAUUACUGGACAGUCCAGGGGAGGAAAACAAGCAAUUCGAAGUAGCACAAACCAAGCCCAAAAAAAGCAAGCAAAACGGGAAAGGAGGAAAGAAAGGAAAAAAGUCCAAGAAAGGCAAAAAGAAAAGUAAAAAAUCAAAAAACAAAAAAACUUCUGUGGCAAAAUCUCCAAUGGAUAAAAAUCUUGGCACUGAAGUUGUAACAGAAGGAAGCUUAAAGGGUGCCAAAAUUUGUACAGAAACUACAAAAGACCUGCUAUUUUUAGAUAUGACCAGUAAAAAGUUAUACCGCUGCGAUGGAAAACAAUGGCGUGAAUGGCAUUUCCUACAGGGACAAAAAGAUGAGCAACCUCAGAGUAGUGUUUGUGAACAAGGUAAAUGUGCUUGUGAACAAGGCUGGGCAGAAUUCCAAGGUCAGUGCUACAAAUUCGUCAAUGAGAAAGUCACUUGGAAUGAUGCUGAACUUGUAUGCCGAGGAUCUUAUACAGCUCACUUGGCCAGUGUUUUGUCGCGGAAACAUCAUCGAUGGAUGGGGAAUCUAAGUGGCAAAAAUUCUUUCUGGAUUGGUUUGAAUGACAAGUCAGACACUGGUAACUGGGUCUACAUGACAGGGGACCCAGUGCGCUACACAAAGUGGAGACAAGGCAGACCCCGGAUCAAAAGAACUGCCCACAAAAAAAACUGUGUUCUUGUGAACAGGAGACUCAAGUGGGCCAACAAAAAGUGCGACCGACCAAAAGCAAAGUUCAUUUGCCAAAAGGCAGCACUGCCAAAACACAUGAGUUUACUUUGUCUUUUGAUCGUUUCUGCUAGGGACAUCAGAAUAUUUAUGCGGGUAUCUCAGCCUUCGUAUAAGGAAGUAUAG